AUGGGAGAAUACUUGCAACACAGUAAAUCCACGGCGUAUGGAAAUCAGUACCUCAAGGAAAAGCUGAUAAGUCGAUAUGGAAACUCCAUAUUCGUGACAGAAGGUCGGAGUGGUGUCAAAAACAUUGUGACCUUCAGGGAAAAAACCUGCAACAUUCUUCGUGAAUACUACAAUUCACCUCGGGAAGGCAACGAGGAAGCACAGAAACACGCAAUUAUCCUUACCGCAGCAAAACUCAUCAAAAGUGACAUUAAGACGACAGUUGUGCCAAUUGGGGAGACGUAUCCAACUCUGGCCGAACUGAACCUUAACACAGCGUUAGAUUUUAUCCCUCCAAGUCUGCGAUUCUUGCUGCAGCAUCUGUUUGUUGGGAAGGAUACAACUAGAAAGAUUGCUGGCAUCGGGCAAGCUGUUGUUCAGGCUGUAAGUCCAAGAGCUGUAAUUGCGCCUUUACAGCUUGGUCUCGCUGUGCAAAUGCACCACUUGUACAGGUCACGAUUCUUGAUGGACAGUCUUUCAACCAUGGGGUUUGCUUCAUCAUACCCAGAGGUACAAAGGUUUGAAGAGAACGCGGCAUGUUCACUUGCUGAGGAUGUGUUGGGUGACGUGGAGAUUCUUAAUCAGUCUUUGUUAGUUGCCGCAGACAACGUGGAUCAUAACAUCAUAACCUUGGAUGGAAAGGGUAGCUUUCAUGGGAUGGGUAUGAUAGCAGCUAUCACGCCAGGGAAGCAAGUCAGUUAUGGCAUACCAAGACAGAAAAUGGCUGAGUUGAAAGUUGUUGAAAGGACGAAAAUUGACAUCAUAGAAUACCGCUACGCACAACAUGUCAACAGAAACAUUGAAUUUCAGGCCCUCUCAUACUCAUCUGAUGUAUGUGAUCGCAAAGUGGACAUUUGCUGGGAAAUGUCCUUUCGGUUCCACCAUAGUACUCCCAGUUGGAAUGGCAUGAUGCACCUGCUGCAUAAGGAGUGCGAGUAUCCAGGAAAAUCCUCUGUACAGUUUCUACCAAUGAUCGAUAUGAACCCUGGAGACAAAACCUGUAUCUUGUCCACACUAGAUUACCUAUGCAGUCUUUCGUCAAAACACAACAUGCCAACUAUCAUUACCUUCGAUCAGCCGCUAUUUUGGAAGGCGUCUGAAAUCGUGAACGCUGUUCCAGAUGAUAGUCCAAUCAGGAAUGUGAUACUAUUACUUGGUAGCUUUCAUACCUUCAUGAAUUUACUGGGUGCUAUUGGCACUUUGAUGGAUGGCAGUGGACUCAAGGAGAUCAUGGAGACAGUGUAUGGUGAAAAUGCUGUUGUGCACAUGAUGAGUGGAAAGGCAGUCCAACGAGCGUUUCGUGGUCACCUGCUGGUAUAUCAGUGUCUUACACGUCAGAUUGUUGCGAAAAUCCUGGAGGAUAACCCUGGUUUUCAGGACCAAGUGGAUGGACUUGAGAGACUGUACAUGCUGAUGGAGACUGGUGAAUGUGACUUGGAGUCGUUGUUGGAAUCAGAUUGCGUUUGCACGAUUCACAACACUCUAGCUUUGAAAAAGGAUGACUUGGCAAGGACGUCCAAGACCAGCAAACUGUGGGUAAACUAUCAGCACAUGCUAGGGAUCGCUAGGGCACUAGUUGCAGCUGAUCGAAUGGGGUCUUGGGAGAUGCAUCUCGGGGCCGUCUCAGCUUGCCUGCUGAUAUUCGCAGCCGCUGGCCAUCCGAAUUAUCUGAAGUCGGCUCGUCUGUAUCUCCAGAAGAUGCAUGCGUUGAAGGAGGACAACCCUGAAGUUCAUCAGAAGUUCCAGUCUGGGUUUCACGUAAUCAGACGCAGAAGCCAAUACUGGGCUGGUCUUGGCUCCGAUCUCGUGAUCGAGCAAACGCUAAUGCGCUCACUUAAAACCCAAGGGGGUCUGACGCGAGGAAGUGGGAUGUCGGAGCACCAGAGAACUGUUUGGGCCAUGUCUUCCACUGUGUCGUCCGCUUACAACCUUGCCAUGCAAGAACUUACCACGAGAAAUUACACAACGGCUGAACAACAUAAGGAAUUGUCCACCUCUCAGGUGAGCAGAGAUGAGGCAGACCUCGGUAAAAUUGCAGAAAAACUAGACAAAUUCACACCUUUUUCAGCUGAUGAAUCGUUACGCAAUAUUAUCACAGGGAUUAAUGCCAACGAGGACGUCAAUGUUCAGGACAUUUUCGAAAUAGGAAAAGACGUUGUACAGAAGAUGGACGGGCAAUCGGUUUUCUCCUACUCUCACAAACGGAGUUUGAAGGUGAAGACAUUAGCAUCCAGCAAGAACGUGAAAGUGUCUGAAGAUCGUAGCAUUGACCCAACUCUCUUAUUUCAGAGGUUCCUGGUUGUCUCACAGACGGGUGAUCUUCGGCUAGACGAAGUCAUGUCGUAUGAACUCUGUCUUUAUCCGAUGUCCUUGUUCGAAGGAAAGCACAUCUUGCGUCAAGCGGAAAAACCGCUGCUUGCGGAAGCAAUCAGGAACUAUGUUAAAACCAAAUCAGCCAUUGCUGUGACACAAACGGUUCCAGUUACAGAGCAAUAUGUACUAGAUGGAGGAUCUCUUCUUCACCGCUUGAAAUGGACGGAAGGAAGUACCUACAGUUCGAUUGCAGAGCACUACACCUCAUUCACAGUCAAACACUAUGGCAGGGCGACUGUCGUGUUUGAUGGUUAUGGGGAUGGACCAAGUAUAAAGAACUAUACUCAUCAGCGGAGAAGUCAAAAGCUGAAAGCAAACAAGGUGAACAUUACAGAGGUGACCAAAUUUAUCGGGAAAAAGGAGAACCUCUUGUCAAAUGGGGCAAACAAGCUGAUCAUGGAACGAAUGCGUCAGAAUGGCUGCAACGUUAUUCAAGCGGAAGGUUACGCCGACGUUGAAAUCGCAAAGGCAGCCAUCAGCAUGUCUGCUUUCAGACCGACCACCCUUAUUGGAGAAGACACAGACCUUCUUGUUCUCUUACUCUACCAUGCAGAUGCUUCCAAGUGCGUUGAACUCUAUUUCUGCUCUGACAAGGCGAAAUCACACGUCUAUAAUAUCAAGGUCCUCAAACAGGUGCUUGGUGAAGCAGUCUGCAAUGACCUGUUGUUUCUGCAUGCCUUUACUGGAUGCGACUCGGUCUCCAGGGUAUUUGGUAUUGGAAAGAAAGUGGGGUUCCAACGAAUCAUCAAGAAAGAAAAGGCAAUGAAAGACUGUUCAAAAGCAUUCUCUACACCAAAGCAAAGUCGAGAUGUGAUGGAAACCAAAGGUUGUACGGCGAUGGUAGCAUUGUUCAAUGCAGAUCAGAAGGACUCCCUGGCAUCUCUCAGAUACAACAUGCUCUGCAAAAAAGUUGCGAGAGCGAAAAUGUUUGUCACGCCCGAACGUGUCCCACCAACUGCCUCCGCCUGUAAAUUUCAUUCCCUGCGGACUUACUACCAGGUUAUGGAGUGGAUGGGUUGUUGUGAAGAGAUGGAGCCAUGUGAUUGGGGAUGGAAGGUAGAAGUGGACAAACCCUUUCCAGUGAUGACUGACAAAAGCCCAGCUCCAGAAGCUCUGAUUAAGAUGAUGCACUGCAACUGUUCAGAAGGAUGCAAUACCCUAAGGUGUACCUGCAGAAAGCAUGGGCUACAGUGUACCAGUGCGUGCGGACAUUGCCAAGAUGGCAACUGUGACAAUAUAGCAAAUGAUCCAGUGGUAGAUGAUGAUGAUGAUGAUGAUGAUGAUGAUGACACGUAAAAAAAUUUGGCAGAAGUAUUCCCUUUUUUGAACCCGGGUGGGUGCAUAUGAUGUAGGGUUACCCCUAGAUAUGGCCAAUGGGUGAUCCAACAUCACUGACAACCCUUUAAUAUGAAAGAUUGCCCCUGAAAACCUAGGUAAAAAAUCAAGUUUCAUUGAUUUAUCUUAAAAAUUGGCCGAGUUAUUGCUUUCUGUAGUUUUCACAUUGUAUGAAAAAUGACUUAAAAAAUGACAAAAGUCAUCCUCGAAAUUAGACACUUUCCCAUGCUCCAAUCUUGUCCAACUUUUAGUAUGUUGUAGACUAGACCCAAUGCAACAUAAAACCACCAAAAAACAAACUUUUGCAAUUUUUUUGGGGUCAAUCGGUGUAUUGACUCGUCUAAGAAUUGAGCCUCCGGGCUGAAUGUAGAUAAGCUAGAUUUUUGUGAUCAGUCCAGACAAUAAAUGGUUGCUCAGCUCCCUCUAGCCAGUGUCUCCAUUCCUGUAAUGCCAGAACCACAGCUAAUAACUCACGGUUGCCAACGUCAUAAUUACGUUCAGCAGGUGAGAGUCGAUGGGAGAAAAAGGCACAGGGAUGUAACUUUUGAUCUGAGGGACAUCUCUGGCAAAGGACUACACCAACUCCAUAUUCUGAUGCAUCCACCUCAACAAUGAACUGAAGAUGGGGGUCAGGAUGGGUCAGGACAGGGGCUGAGGAGAACAGCUGUUUUAACUUGGUGAAAGCCGUUUCAGCUCAGGUCCAGGCAAAGAGAGAUGAGGUGGAAGUGAGUUGGGUGAGUGGAGUGGCAACCUGACUGUAGUUCCUAAUGAAGCGUCUGUAAAAGUUGGCAAAAUGUAGAAAGCGUUGCAGUUGCUUACGGUUUGAAGGUGUGGGCCAGUCUCUCACUGCUUGGGUUUUGGCUGGGUCUGCCUUUAACUGCCCCUGCUCAAUGAUGAAGCCCAGGAAGCUCACUGAAGGGACGUGGAAUUCGCAUUUCUCUGCUUUAACAAAUAGUUUGUUCUCGAGGAGUCUGCAGAGAACUAGAACUAGAACUAGAACUAGAACUCUUUUUAGUUUGGCUUUUAGCUGAUUUAACUGUUUUAGUUUAUUUUUAUCACAUUUUUAUGUCACUUAGAUAUUCUAACAUUAUUCUAAUUUGGUCUUAGUUUAUUUUAUCCUUUACUUUAAUCACAUUUCUACGUCAUUUAGAUAUUUUAAUACUAUUUUAAUUCCUUCUAUGCCCUAGUCUUUUUAGCUCCAGAGUUUCCUCGUGGGGGCCCUCCACACUGGGAGGUAUGUCUGGUCCGCCCCCGGGGGGCGCGGUCCUUGGGAUCGUCCAGGCCCGGACGGUUAGGGGGCUCUGCACUAUGUGCAGGGUGCACCCGGGCUGUCUGGGUCAGGGGGUCUCAGGGGCGGUGCUCCCUGUGGGGGUGGGCUGUGGCUCCUCUCGGUGUGGACGGCUCCCAUAGGUGGUCUUUCCUUACCAGAAUCAUCAGUGCCUAGCCAUGUUUUUACUGACAGUUACUGUGUGGGUGUGUGGAUAUGUGUGUGCGUGUAUGUGUGUGUGGGGUGGGCUGCUGUGCAUGCCUGUAUAUGCUGCUGUGGGUGGGAAGGGACGGGUUUUAUGCCUAUUUAAGUGCCCUAUAUUUACUGUUGUUUGUUUUGUUUUUUCUUUUUUAACGUUGUUUGUUUUUACCUCUUUGUAAAGCACUUUGUGUUGCUGCUUAAAAGCAUGAAAGGUGCUAUAUAAAUAAAGUUUGAUUGAUUGAUUGAUUGAAUUAGCCUGACAUGUUGCACAUGCUCCUGCAUGUCCCUGGAAAAAAUGAGGAUAUCAUCCAGGCAAACAAAGAUGAACUUGUUGAGCAUGUCCCAGAGCACGUCAUUUACUAGAGCCUGGAAGAAAAGGGCAUAACUAGGUAUUCAAAGUGGGCCAGCAGGGUGUUGAAUGCUGUCUUCCACUCAUCUCCUUCUUUGAUUCUAAUUAGGUGGUAUGUAUUGCGCAGGUCCAGUUUGGAAAUGACUGUAGCAUUUUGCAGGGGUUCAAAGGCUGAAUCAAUAAGGGGAAGUGGGUACUUAUUUUUGACAGUGAUGGCAUUUAAACCUCUGAAGUCUAUGCAGGGGCGUAGGGACUUGUCUCUCUUCUCCACAAAAAAAAAAACAGCACCAAGAAGAGAAGAAGAGGGGCGGAUUAGACCAGCAGCUAAAGAUUCAUGAAUGUACUUCUCCAUGGAUUCCUGUUCAGGUUUAGAAGGGUUGUACAGAUGGCUGGAUGGUAAGGGGGCCCCAGGGAGCAGAUCAAUGGAGCAGUCAUAAGGAAGGUGAGGGGGAAGGGAAAGGGCUUGUGAUCUGCUGAAUACCUCACCCAAAUCAUGAUACUCUGGAGGCACUGAGGUUUAAUCUGGAGGUUCAGGGAGUGAAGUCAUUGGAGAAGGGCUAGGGGCUAGGCCUGACUUGAGACAGUUUGAGUGGCAGAAAGUACUCCAAUUAACAAUUGCACCUUGAGACCAAUCAAUGUGGGGGUUGUGUAACCUAAGCCAGGGUAAACCAAGAACAAUGGGGACCUGAGGUGAAGGGAGAACAAAAAACUGAUUGUUUCCUGGUGAUUUCCUGAAACUAAGAAUGUAAUAGGGGUGGUGCAAUGGGUCACUUUAGCCAAUAACUUUCCGUCAAGAGUACAAACUGUCUUGGGGGAAUCUAAGGGUUCAGUGGGAAUGCCAGCCUGGCUCACAAUAGCAGAAUCAAUAAAAUUAUCAUCAGCCCCAGAAUCAACUAAUGAAAUCAGAGGGAUUGACUCACUGUUCCAGAGGAGAGAGGCCUGAAGAUAUAUUCGGUUGGGAGGGGCCACUAUGGAGGAGGUGGUGUGGCUCAUCAGGGACCCCUUGGUUGCUGAUGAGCCUCGGCUUUUGGUUGCUGGGGGCAGGUAGCCAGAAAAUGUCCAGAAUUGCCACAGUAGAUGCAGAGGCCUGAGUUCAUACGACGCUGCCGUUCUGUUGGAGUGAGGUGUGGUCGAGCCACUUGCAUGGGUUCCUCUGCUGAUGGGGAAUCAUGUGACUCAGGGGAAGCUUCGGUAGCACACAGAGACCCUGGGAAGCGUGGGGGCAAGGACUGAAAAGGGGAAGGGGCCCUAAAAGUAGGGAUAUGAGUAGCUUUAGCUCUGUGUCGUUCACGCAGCCUAUUAUCAAGGCAGAUUGAAAGGGAAAUUAGGGACUCUAGACUGUCAGAUUCAUCCCUAGCAGCCAAUUCAUCCUUGAUAUUAUCAUUUAAUCCAUGAUAAAAAGCUGCCCUCAGUGAAACCUCAUCCCACCCGCUUUCAGCUGCUAAAAUCCUAAACUCCAAGGCAUAUUGUGCCACAGAGGAUACCCCCUGUCUAACAAGCGCUGACCUGCCUCCUUUCCCUGCACAAGAUGAUCAAAAAUAUGUUUCAUUUCAGAAAAACAAAGAGGGAGUCAGAGUCACAAAUGGGUGAAUUACAAUUCCAAGCAGCUGAGGCCCAUUUGGAAGCUUUACCUGAAAGUAACCCCAUAAUAAAGGCUACACGAGAUCUAGCAAUGGCAUAGGUUAAUGACUGCUGUUCAAACACUAGGGAACAUUUUUAAAAAAAGGCCCCACACUCCCCAAGGUCUCCGGGAUAAUGUUGUGGGAUUGGGAUAUAUGGCUCUCUAGUCGACUGAGAGGGUGUGGAGACUUCAGGAGGAGAAUUUGAGGAGGUAGCAGGAGUAGAAGAGGGAGUUGGAGCUGAUAAUUGAGUGGAUACCUGGGUUAACUGUGUUCCAAGUUCAGCGACAUGUGUAGAGAGGUUGCAAAGAGUUUCCAUGAUGGUCUGCAGGGCUUGUUCAUGAUGGCCAACUAGCACACCUUGAGAGGCUAGGGCUUGUUGGAGAGCAUUUGGGUCUGCUGGGUCCAUGGGGCCAGAUUCUGAUAUUCUGUGGUGUAUGGUAAUAAUACUGGACCCAAGAGCAGACAGGACAACAGGCUGAUGACGGAGGAACGGGGUUCUUUAAUGAUUACAGGCAGUGGCAGGCAGAGUCUGAGUUCAGAUUGAGUUAUGGCAGAGUUGUGCUUCCAUAGGUGGUGAAGGGGUUUUAGCUGCAGGCUUGAUGCUGGACAGGCUGAAUCUUCUGGAUCUGAGGCAGAGGGAAAAACAGUUAGUUUUGCAGGAAAACAGGUCUCAGGGGAAAAACUCUGAGCAGAGCAGCCAGUUCACUACCAGGGAGUAGACUGAAUAAUCUGGCAGCGUGUGAAGGGAAAGCCAGGGUAUUUGAAGAGCUGCUAAUGAGAUGCAGGUGUGUGAUCUGGCCAGGUGUCUUGAUUGCAAAGGUGGGGGUGGAAGCAGAGGAGCAGGAGGCUGAGGAAUUCCAGCCAGGGCUGUGACAGACCAGCCCAAAAAGAGAAUCAAAUUUACUUCAUCACAUACAACUCUAUCUUUGUCUUUCCCCCCAUGAUUCAUGAUACUGGGAAGCGGAAGCAAGAUGGCGCCUGUGUUCCCUGUAUUCGUCAAGAUUGCUUUAUUUGUCAUUUACUUUUCCAUCUGCAAGCAGUCUCAGAAAAAUAAACAAAAUUAUGUUUCUCCCAGUUUGAGACAGGAAUUCAUAAAAGAAUAAAACAAUAAAACAAACAGUGCAGAAAGACCUCUACUAUAUCUAAAGCUGAAUAAUAAAACCUUGAACUAGUCAUUUAAAAAGUACCCCCAGUUCGUAUGCUAAGGAGAUUGGGGCUCAGAAAUCUGAUUGCCUGUGGAAAGAAGCAGUUCUUCAUUCUCUCCGUCUUGGCACCGAUACUCCUGUAUCUUCUGCCAGAUGGCAGAAGGGAGAUGAGGUUGUGAGAGGGCUGCGUUGUGUCUCUGAGGAUACCAGUGGCUCUCCUCAAACAGCGCUGCUGGUACAUGUCUGCCAGGGAUGGCAGCGUAGUGCCAAUGAUCGUCUCGGCUGUUCUCACAGUCCUGUGUAGCUGUUUUUUCUCCUCAGCUGUGCUGUUCCUGUACCAGGAGGUGAGACAGUAGGUGAGAAGGCUCUCAAUGGUACCCCUGGAAAACAUGGUCAGGGCUGAGAUGGAGAGGUCAGCUUUCUUCAGCUGACGGAGGGGGUAGAGACGCUGCUGAGCCUUUUUUGUGAUGGCAGUGGUGUUGCUGCUAGAGGCCAGAUUGUCUGUCAGCAGUACUCCCAGGAAUUCUGUGCUUGUUACCCUCUCCACAGCAGAGCCAUCAAUGUACAUUGGAUGGUGUGGUGACCUGGUGCUGGUCGUAAAGUCCACAAUCAUCUCGUUUGUCUUCUCCGUGUUCAGGGCGAGAUUGUGUGCUUUGCACCAUACUGCUAACUGCUCCACCUCCUCUCUGUAGGCAGCUUCCUUCUCAUCAGUGAUGAGGCCGACCACAGUCGUGUCAUCAGCAAACUUGAUAAUAUGGUUGCUUUUAAACCUGGCCGUGCAGUCGUGUGUGAGGAGAGUGACAAUAAAGGGCUAAGAACACAGCCCUAAGGAGAUCCUGUGUUAACUCCAACAGGUUUUGAGGAGAUGUUGCCAACUUUGACUGUUUGACUCCUCUGUGUCAGGAAGUCCAGGAUCCAAUUACAGGUGCCAGUAUCCACAUUCAAAUCCUUCAGCUUCUCCACCAGCUGCUGCGGUAUGAUGGUGUUGAAGGCAGAACUAAAGUCUAUGAAUAGGAUCCUGGCAUAGGUGUUUUUGUUUUCCAGAUGUGACAGAGUGAAGUGGAGCAUGGUGGAAAUAGCAUCCUCUGUAGACCGGUUAGGUCUGUAAGCAAACUGGUAUGGAUCCAGGUCGGCACUGAGGCCUGCUUUUAUGCAUUCCAUGACAAGCCUCUCGAAGCAUUUCAUAAUGACUGGAGUGAGGGCCACAGGACGAUAAUCGUUCAUGCAGGUUGGGCUGGGUUUUUUGGGUACAGGUAUGAUGGUGGCGCUCUUCCAACAGGCAGGUACUCUGGCUUGUAUAAGGGAGGUGUUGAAAAUGUCUGUGAAAACUUGCUCUGCACAGUCUUUCAGCACCCAUCCUGGUAGGUUGUCUGGUCCAGUGGCCUUUCGAGGGUUAAUGUUUGAAAAUACCCUCUUAUCCUCUGUGGUGGAUAGCUGGGGUACCUGAUCUGUGGAUGAAGAUGGAAAUCUCUGAGCCUCCCUGUCAUUUGUGGUCUCAAACCGUGUGUAGAAAGUAUUUAGGUUGUCAGGAAGAGAUGGGUAAGUGGGGACUGGCUGUGGAGCAGGCUUGUAGCUUGUAACCCCUGCCACAGCUGCCGAGAGUCUUUGUUGUCAUUAAAUUGACUUGCCAAGCUCUUCCCAUAUAGACCUUUUGCCUCUUUAAUGCCUCUAUCCAGGUCAUUUCUUGCCUUCCUAUUGGCCACUGGAUCACCAGAUCGAAAGGCAGCAUCCCUGGCCCUCAGUAGUAGGCGUGUGUUCCUGGUCAGCCAUGGUUUUUGGUAGGCACGUACUUUAAUCGUCUUUUUUACGGUCACAUCAUCCAUGCACUUGGUUAUAUAACCUGUCACAGACGCUGUAUAUUCCUGUAGAUCUGUGACGCCCUCACAUGUUGCUGCUUCUUUGAAAACGUCCCAUAGUGUGCAGUCAGAGCAUCCCUGCAAUGUGUCCUUAGCCCCUCAUGGCCAUAUUCUGAUCUCCUUUGUGACUGGAGGUUCCUGCUUCACCCUUGGCCUAUAGGUGGGCAUCAGCAUCACAGUCAGAUGGUCAGAACCUCCAAUAUGCGCAAGAGGGGUUGCUCUAUAAGCAUUUUUUAUGUUAGUGUACACCUUGUCCGAGGUGUUCGUCCCCCUUGUUGCACACUUAACAUGCUGAUAGAACUUUGGCAGGACAGAUUUUAAAUUUGCCUGGUUAAAAUCUCCCCCCACCAAAUAAAAAGCAUCAGGAUGGGCCAGUUGCAACUCACUGAUUGCACUGUACAACUUACUCAUCGCAUCCUUCACAUUUGCACUGGGGGGCACAUAAACAGCAACAAUAAAAGCAGCCGUCAACUCUCAUGGCAUGUAAAAGGGGCGGCAUUUUAAAAUCAAGUAUUCCACAUUUUGAUCGCAGAAUGAAACGAUCUCCAUGACGUCAUGACACCAGGCUUUGUUGGUGUACACAGCCACGCCUUCUCCUGUUCCUUUCCCUGUGGAUGCAGCUGAUCUAUCUGUUAUGUACAGUGUCAGUCCUGUCAACUCAACAGCAGCGUCUGUGAUGUUAUCUGUCAGAAACGUCUCCAUAAAAAUGCAGCAGUCUCUCAUUCUUCAAUGAGACGUUCUCCACAGGCUGAUCUCAUCCACUUUUCCUCUCAGGGCGCGUAUGUUCGCUAACACAAGCAUCCAGAUGGAAGGUUUGGUAGGGUUAGCCUUUAGCCUCACAUUGGCUCCUCCGCGCUUCCCUCUCUUCCUUGCCCUGUCACACCGCUUGCGAGUCCGCCUCACAGUGCCUGCAGACGAGGCUGCAGACGAGGCUGCAGACGAGGCUGCUGUCUCGGCGGCGUUAGUGUGGUCCGUUGUGGUCCAUUGGUGUAGGUGUAACAGACCGAGUAUGCUCAGCAGCUCUUUAGUUCAUUUAGAACUAUCGGUUGGUGGUUACCACACUGUUUUCUAAUGUCUAAUAAGAACUGCCGACUGUAGCUAAACAUGGCCUGAACUGUCAAGUUGUCUGAUCCUCUAUUUCACACUGUUUGUCUGUCUCCAUGAGGAGUGGCCGCAGCAAGCGUCGGUCACGCCGCCAUGCUUGAUGGGUGCGUUGUCCUCCCUCCAGCCAGUGGAGCCUUUCGACGGGAAGAAGCCGGUCCCCGCCAGCUGCGCAUUCUGCCCCGUGCCUGAUCCAGCGCUUUGA